AUGGCCCUGGGUUUGCCUUUUCGCGGAGCCAGAUUCGUCGCCGCCGUCAGCGCCUACGCCUUCAUAAUAACCAAUUCUGGCAAGUUGAAGAACAUGUUCUACAAGAGCUCGUGCACUCUCCUGAUGAAUGUACCGAAGGCGGACAAGCUGUUUGUCAUUGGUGAAUUAAAUUUCUGCCACAGGAUAGAACAUACUGCCUGGGAUGGAAGUGCGGGAUUCACAUUGGAUUGGCGACUGCAACGAUAACAGGAUCUUAUUUCUGCUAACCUGCACAGAACACCGUCUCCUUUUUCAUCUACCUCUCCUCCUUCUCUUUCUUCUUCCCGUCCUACUCCCCACCGGAACCUUCCUCUGCCUCCCGAUGCAGGAGAACGCGGUUUGGACCCACCCUCUAUUGCGGCAGUGGCAGCUGUUGAAGUGUGCUCUCUCCCGGGGGCGAGCUCGACAGGACGUCUUAGCGACAAGUAUGAUCUGUGGCGCCGCAGGCUGGAUGGAUCACCGCCUCGCUAGCUCCAAGGCGAGGUUUCGACUGCGCCCCCUCAUGAGACCACAGGACAAGCGACCACCAGUAAGUUAAAUACUGUUCUGUUGAAUUUGCCCGCCCACCGCUUCGAUUUCUUCGAUCCACUCACCCAACGACUGGGAGAAAUACAGGAUCCGGACGACGACGCUGCCGUGGAGGCACAAUGACGCCAAGUUCAGAACGUUAUCUACUCCAUCGUCCUGGACACCCUCAGUCGCCCACGCUGUGAACACCAGGACUGAUUUGGCGACAUCGAAGAAGAACUCCGCAUUCACCUCGCCGUGGAGAAUAAGCAAUACAACGUCUACAACGACCGCUGGACCAAUGCAAACAAGGUUUCCUCCUUCGAAUGUGGUCACCUUCUGCAGCAACCGCUGCUGGAGAAUCAGAACGUCUGGAUGGCUCGUAAAGAUGAGGAAAUUCAGGAGUAUGUGGGUCAUAAUGAAACAACAAACUUCGUCGCAUCAAUAAAGGCGGUCUGCGACGCCACAGUUAAAAGAACGAUACCACUUCUCAGCUCCGACAGAACAACCCUUCUGGAGGGAUAACCGUGGAAUCUGAAGCGCUAUGCGCAAAACUUCGAAAGUGUCCUAAACCGCCCAUCCAUGGUCUCCGAUGCCGCCAUCAACCAACUCCCCAAAUUUAAACGAUCAACGACGUCGACGUCCCGCCAUUCCUCCCAGAUACCAUCAGAUCAAUGCGUCACCUCUCCAGCGGAAAAGCACACAUUUAACCCACUCACCUCUUUAAGACAUCAUAUCCACCCACGACGUAACAGUCGCCGUGAGGUCUUUUUAUUUCUGCCUCUGGCACGUACUGUUAAAUAUCGUCGGUUCUUUUCUGUAAAUGCAAUUGCUAUUUGGAAUAAACUACCCAUGAGUGUGAAAACUCUGCAAAAUUAUCCAUUAUUUAAGAGAACUAUUACUCGAUUUUUGCAUUCAGAAAAGCUCCCACAAAUUUCGGGUGCUGGAAACUCUGAUCGACUGUACCGUAGCGAUGGCGUUUGUGGUCUCUGAACACUAUGGCCGGUCUCACCAGCUGUUCCUCAACGCCUCUACUUUGGCUAUCCCCAACUUCAUGAAAGGAAUUUGACGUCCGAAAAUCUCCGAUACCGUGCAACCUCCCACCUUCUUGACGGUCGAUAUUCUACCGCCGCUGGCAGUUUUUUCUCCUGAGCCCUUCAAACCAUAAAAACCACCAUCAACUAUAUUUUUAUCCCUUUAGCUCAGGAGUUUUUUUCACUGCCGGUCGGAUUUAUGUUUAAACGCUUCCCUUGACAAUGCCUUUAAACUGGCAUUAAAUAAAAAUUUAUUUAUUUAUUUAAGUGUAUUCCGAAUGAUAGAGAAUACGCGCGGCCCAGGUAAUUGCAUAGAAGAAGACGGGAAAGCGAUCGCCUUCCCGUCUUCUUUUAUUUAAGUGUAUAUAGUCCGAGAGGAAUCUCGCUGCUCAAAAUUUCCGAGAUCUUCUCUCGUAUCAUUAUCAAUCAUCUCAACGACAAUCUGAAACGCAGACCUCUCCCAGCGACACCGCAAAACCAGUAAUGUGAGCUUUGCCGUCCGCCAGCAAAUGCUGUCCCCUCCUUUCACUACCUUUAUGGAACCGACGAGAGCCUCUGACGCGGCGAAUCGCGGUGGACGCUGGAAAGUCAUACAAAACACGGCUGCCCCAGGCAAUUCAUGCACAUGGUGCGUGUAAAGAUAACGUACAUCACGUUAUCUCUAUAUUUAUACUCAAAGAAAGGGAUGUCUAAGUUUUAAGGAAGUUUUCCAAUUUUCGAAUAAUUUUCAGCCAGAGCAGCCGUUACAUUAGCGUUUAGCUAUUUCAGUCUACAAGGUGUAUACAUUCCGCGAAAGAAAAAUUAUAUGUUCCCUCAUGUCUUUGAGAAGGUACCAUGUAAAGUUCACAAAAUUUUGCAAUGGAUAGGGACUUUUCGAAUACUUCAUGAGAAGCGCUAAUAAACGGUCAGGCACAUGAAUAUACAUGAAUAUGCCUUACACGGUCCUAAAAAGUCUCAUAAACAUGAACUUCCUUAAAGCCUAAAUACACAUUUUGUUCGAGUAAAAGAUAUAAAACAGCGCGAUGUGCUACCAAAUCAUUAAAAGAAGGCAUAUGCUUUGGCGUCUUUUCCAUCAAAUAUAUUUGAAUUUAUAAUCUCAUCGAAAAUUACCGUCAAAAAUGCAUGCUACAUGAGCAGUCAUUUUUGGCGAGUUGUGUUUUUACAUGAGAGCAAAAGGAAGUCCAUUUAAAAGCCAACAUCUUGGCAGGUACGAAAUAUUGUAGGAUUAUGUCACGUGAUAACUUACAAUACAACGUCAUUAAGGUAAUCCUCCCUAAUCGAAAACGCAUUUCGGAAUUUUCACCAACACUUCAUGAAAUUGGUCACUGAUUGUAGGUGUGACUCGAUAAAAUUAUCUGGGUGACCGCGAAUUCCCAAAGUCUCCAGUUUAACUAAGAGUCGUCAAUAUGACAAUUUAUCAGUGGUUUUACUGAAAUCGCUUCCUUUCUCUUUGCGCCUUCUCUAGCUGCUUUUCUGUCCCCCUCAUGCUCCCUGUCGACUCGCUGCUGGGACCGCGCAAGGCUUGUCAAUGGCCUUGUUUGGAGCUCGAAGCCAAUGAGCACUACGCCUCCCUGAUUUGCUGGCGGACACAGCUUGAGACAGAGCGAAGACGCGUACGCGCGCUGGAGCCUAAUAACUUCAACGGUGGACACAGACAAAAAACUUGCCUGGAGAUACAGCUUGCGAUAACAGCUUACUGAGCCUCUUGCACGAUCUUACACGUGAGUACAUUUGGCCAACCCAGUCCGUCUUCCCUGACUUCUGAUUUGGAGAUCUUUGUGUUGUUGGUCAUACCACCUGCCCCCCACCUGACUCCUUACAAACGGUAAUGUCUAUUCUUCAUAAUCAACGUUAAAGUCGAGUGUUGACAAUAGAUAACUCUCCACCGGAAGGGCAGCUCUAGCCCUGGUCGCACAUUUUACGUCCGCGACACCCGAAGUGACAGGCAGCAUAUUUUGGCACCCGCUUCUGGCAUUCUUUCGGCCGCACAACUUAGGUGACCGAACGGCUUAUAGAGAUGUUCAGCUUUUCAGAAACAUCUCUUUCCGAUCUUUCAACUUCUUCAAUUUCUCCUGUGUCGCACCUCUCAGACCUGACGUGUGAUAUCGCUUCUCUUGAAGAGCAUGCAGUUACUUCAUUAUCCUUGAGCCCGUCGAGGUCAUCUGCCAGCAUGUCUUGUCUAUGCCUUCAUCUCGUUCCAACAACACACGACCUUUGGUAUUAAAGCCCGUUGUUGCAUCAGUCCCUGCCUCUUAAUCUCCAAAGAGAUCAAACGAGUGAAACAAGUCAACCCGAAGGUCAGUGGGUCAAACCUCCAUGGCAGCUCUAGUCCUGGUCGCACAUUUUACGUCCGCGACACCCGAAGUGACAGGCAUUUUUUAGUCGACACUGGUGCGCACCUGAAUGUUAUGGCCCCCACGUCAGCCAGUCGUCUGUGCCCUAAUCCGGAUCUAUUCCUUCAGGUCGUCAACACUUCUCAAAUCGCCACCUUCGGUACCUGCUCCCUUUCCCUGGACAUCGGUCUUCGAAAUCCUCUCCCUUGGUCUUUUUCGUUACUGACAUCCCCUGUGCCAUUCUCAGUGCAUACUUCCUCGCUGCUUCCAACCUUCUGGUCGGCUGGACUGCCGUUAGCCCCGUUUACACGACAAGACCACCGAAUUCACCGUCCGUGGUAUCAGUUCUUCUGACGCUCGCCAUCAACUCGCCGUCCCGGACCCUGAACCCGAGAAUAUUUUUGGCAGCUCCUUAUCAAAUACCCUGGUUUCACGCGUCCCAAUUUCGACCUUUCUACUCCCCACGCGACGUUAUUCACCACAUCUGGAAAACUGGCCCGCCCGUGUUUUCUCGAUCACGCUGUCCGCGCAUGCACUUCCUGCUAUCGCCCAGGACGAGUUCACACACACGCCUCAGAUGGGCGCCACCCGUCAAUGUGAAAGUCCAUAAGCCUCACCCCUCCACACGGUUCUCAAGGCCGCCAAUGUUAACUGGCCUCCCUGCGGUGACUACAGGACCUUAAACAACAUAGUAGUCCCGGACAGCUAACCUGUCUCGCAUCUUUAGGAUUUUGUUGGCACCCUACUCGGGAAAACUAUGUUCUCCAAGGUCGACCAGGUUCGUGCCUUCCAGCGAAUUACCCGGCAGCCGUCACUACCCCCUUUGGCUUCUUUGAGUUCUUUCGCAGGCCCUCUGGACUCCACAACGCUUCCUAGACCUUCUAGUGGUUCUUUGACGGAGUGCUUUGCGACCUACCGUUUGUGUUCGCCAGCAUUGACGAUCUUUUGGUGGUCAGCUCCUCCGCUGAAGAACAAAUGAUGCAUCCUACAAAGUUGUUCGACCGCCUUCAACAAUUUGGCAUUGUUGUCAACCCGUCGAAGUGCGUUUCGGUUUGCCCUCCCUCGAAUUUCCCGGGCAUCCGAUUGACUCCAUUGGCAUUCAUUCUCUUCCAUCAAAGGUUACGACCAUAUGUAAUUUCCUACCUUUCUCUUCAAAGCUUCAGCUGCAGCGAUUUUUAAGCAUGUUGAAUUUCUAUCGUCCGUUUUUCCUGAACUAUUCCGACAUGAUUCUGUCGCCCACGAGCCUCCUCUCGCGUUUCAAAAGUUCGUUCAAACUUCCUACAGACGCCCUCGCUGCUUUCGACAAGGUGAAGGUUGCGCUGGACGACACCAUCCUCCUGAUACAGUUUACUACCGAUGAUCCCAUCUCCCUCGGGCCUUUAAGCAAUGGCGCUGCACAUGUCGCCUUUCUCUUUCUUGUCACAAAUGCUAAGCUGUGGUGGUUGGCGAUGAUCACCAGCCUCAACUAAGUAUUGACGGGCACGACACAAAUGUGCCUGAAGUUAUCAAACACCUGGGUGUAUCGGAAUCCAAGACUCUUAAUCUUUUAGAACGUAACGCCCUUAUAGUAUCUCAAAAUUAUGCUGGAGAACAAAGAGCAAAUCAAGUUGAUCGUCUCAAAAAAACCGACCUCAGAAAAACACACAGACAGGUUUUUUUCAACCGGACUAUUCAUCAGCGGAACGGCUGAAACGUCGGGAACUUGUCUUGGAGUUAAAACCAAGAUGGAACGGUGGCGAACACAAUCUGGCUAUAUUCAACGGGAAGGUAGUUCGGAAAUAUAAGCCGUUUCAGUGGAACCAGACUGUAAUGCUAAGCAUGACGGCACCUACUCAGCUGAAACAGAUACCUUCGUUGAACCACCUGCUCAAGGCGGCAACACAUGUAAGCGCGUAACGUCCACUGAUCUGAAUGAAGCAACGCAUAUAAAUGGAAUCUAUCAGCCCAGAGAGCAUGGCGUUCGAGAUAACAGAGUAAUGCUCAAAACGGGAACAAAUGCAACGGGAAAUUCGGCUGGUGCAAAACUCAGGUGCUUGAACACGAAUGCCCAAAGCCUCAUAUCGAAACUAGACGAGCUAAAACUUUGCCUUGUCGAGCUGUCUCCAGAUGUUUUAGCAGUAACCGAGACCUGGCUGUCCGGAAAUACUAGCGAUGGCGAAGUAGCCUUGCCUGGAUACCAAAUUUAUCGGAGGGACAGGGAAUAUCGUCAGGGCGAUGGUAUAGUUGUUUAUGUGAAUGAAGGCCUGGCAGUGUCGGAAAACACCACCAAGUUUGCGUGCAGUACGGAAGCUAUCUGUUUGACCAUGAAGGCUACCGGUUCCCCGUGUCUCGAUGUCCUCACUGUCUACCGACCACCUAGGACAGACCGAAUCGCCGACCCUCAACUAUUGGAGCAGUUGGAGAAAUUUUCCAGUCGACCUAACAUCAUGAUCAUGGGCGACUUCAACGCACCAGGAACAAACUGGAAUACCCUCCAAGCGUCAGGUCCAAAAUCGGCAUUCGAUUACCGCCUGUUGAGCAAAACAUUAAAUGCGUGCCUCACACAAAAUGUAAUGUUCCCAACGAGAACACGUGAAGGACAAAGGGCAAACUGCCCAGGGGCGCUACAAUAAACCUAUUAUAUUCUAUUCAAGAAAGAAAUCAACGGGAAGCACAAAUUGUGGAGAAAAUACUGCGUCACUGAGCAAGUUGAAUAUUUAAACACAUACAAGACACAGAGAAACAAACUGUGGAACCUGAUCAUGAAAACGCGACGGGAAUUCGAGAAGAACUUGCUACAAAAAGCAACGCAGAACCCAAGAUUACUCUACAGUUACCUCCGACAAAGUACAAGGAACAGGCAUCAAAUCCACUUAAUACGGACUACUGAUGGCGUUGAGAUUGCUGAUAGUAGGGAUAAAGCUGCGUAUUUUUCACAGUUUUUCCAAUCGGUCUACACAAACGAGGCAAGGUUCCUUCCUCCCUCCACAGAAGAACUGCUGACCCCAAGCGUCAGUGGUUUACUCUUCUCAGAAGGCAUUGUACGAAGAGAAUUAGAGGCAUUGACACCGGAACAUUUCCUAUCGAUUGGAAGCUGGCGCAUAUUACUCCGCUACACAAAGGAGGUAACAGGGCAGCGACGACAAAUUACAGGCCCAUAGGCUUGACAUGCAUUCUUUGCAAAGUUAUGGAAAGGAUCAUAAAGAGUGAACUGAUGCAAUUCCUGGAAGUUCACCGCCUGCUAUGGAAAUGCCAAUAUGGGUUCCGGAAAGGAAGAUCCUGCAAGGAUUUGCGUCACUAAUAGUCAAAGAUCCCUUGUGCCUAUCCCGCGCAAGCCCCAUAUUUGAAGUUGAUUCAAAUAUUUAUGAGAUUCUUCGGUGAACCAGCCAUGAGCUUAUGAAUGGAUCCUUAAGCAGCUCUAGAGAAUCCUUAACUCUAUCUCUCAUAAACAAGGUGUAGAUGUCAUUACAAAAAUCAAACCUAACAAAUAUUCGUUCCUGAUCAACGGAUGUAUUAAUUGCGACCAGUUGGAAAGAAUUACUAGCAUCCGCAAACGUCUGGAAUGUUUUGACAUCAAGGGAAGUCUACGACUUAUUUAAAGGGUUCGCAAAGAUAGGUGCACAUUACUGGAGUAACUAGGGGGAUUACAUAAACAGUCCAUCAGAAGCGAAGAGACGAGUCCCAGGAGGCAGUUGUAAAGAAGGAGGUACGAUCGUUGGGACAAGAGCUUUGUUCGCCUGACGUUUCGGGUCCCUGCUCGAACCCACCAUCAGAGACAAAAGCAGAUACGGGUGGUCCAUGCACAAAGGGCUGCAGUAUUUAAAGGAUGCAGUCGCCAUGCCUCCGCGGCUUCCUUCCUUUCGUCAGGGAUCGUUGCACUUGGUGUGCUGUUUGUUUGAUGGUCGACAUUGCGUCGUUAAUUGCUGCAAUUUUAUCACGUGCGUUGGAUGUUGGUGUGAUGAUUGCUCGACCAUCUGACCCACUGACCCUGGCGUUAGAAAAGUGUUCACCUGUGCGCUUCUCGCGUGGCUACUUACUCCGCCUAAGUGAAGUCCCAGCACCGAGUAAGGAAAGGGAAGUUCGUUGCACCUGUUGAUGGACUGUGGGCCAAUGAACCAUGACGCAAGCAGCUCGCGGCUGACGCGGUUGCCACUUCUAGCGAGAAUUUCAGCCUCGUUAAAUUUUGAUUCAUUAGAGGUGACAACCGCGUGAUUCGCGAGCUGCUUGCGUCAUGGUUCACUGGCCCACAGUUCGGUCGAAAUGAUAAUGUGGUACGUUCAUGCGAGAACUGCCUACAUUCUGCGCCGUAUUCAGUAAGGGAAAUGAGGUCCAAUGUGCAACGAGGAAACUUUUGUCAAAUGAAUCAUAGGCGUCACGAAUAGACUGGGGCGUCACAAAGAAGUAGAAAUGAUAGCUGGAGCAAGGGAUUUAUUAGCCUGACAUUUCUGAUUCUAACUUGAAUUCAUCAUCAGAGACGGAGUCAGAUAAGGACAGUGGAUUGCCCAGGCGUUGCAAUAUUUAUAGGGUGCAGUUGCCAGGCCACUACGUGUCUAUCACAUUUGGCAGCUCCCAUAGACAUCAAAUUUCUACGGGCUAGGUGUUGAAGUAUGCUGUUGCCAUGUGGUUGCUAUGCGCCUGCAUGCCGGUCAAGACGAUCAGCUACCAGGAUCAUCACACGCGGCUGAGUGGGUAACUACCGGAUUUCGUCUUCCGUGUGGACUAUUGGGUGAUUUGACUCGCUGAAAUUGACACCGGGACAGUGGUUAUCCGCACGCUCUCCUCGAGGAUAAUUACUUUGCCUAGGUUAAGUCUCAAUGCUGAAUAUGGAGGAGGAGGUUGCUGCGCUUUUCUAUUGAUAAGGGACCGGAAAGCCAUUACUCGAGCAGUUCGCGGCUCACGCGGUUAUCGUCUCUGGCAAGAAUUUUCGCUCUGUCAAACUUGAAUGUGUGGUUGGGUCCAGUCGUAUGAGGUACGACUUGGAAGUUAGCGUCGUUCCUCCCACUGCUGCCGCGCGCUCAGCUAGACGCGUCCGAAGUAAUCUUUCGGUUUCUCCAACAUAUUUACUUUGCCCGCAACUACACCAGACCCGGUAAACGACUCCAUAUGCUUCCUUCCGUAACAGGGGGUCUUUCGGUCUCAUGAUCUGGAGCCUUAUGGUUACCUCCGAUCUAUGUACAACUCCAAUUCCGAGGGACAUAAGAAGGCGACUGAUAGCUUCUUCACAAACGAGAGAGCCCGCCAAAAUUGGGGCUAGUUGGGUUUUUUCUCUCGCCUCGUCCACGCAGGCACUGGCUGAUGAAAUUUCGCGGGUAGCCACUCACUCUAAGUCCCCGUCUAAUGUAUUCUAAUUCAGCAACCUUGUCUUUUGGUUCAUUGCAGUGUGUCUCCACCCGCUGGUACAGCGCCCUUAUGCAACUGUGUUUGCGACUGAUUGGGUAGUUGCUUUUAUAGCUCAGUACUUGCAUCGUGUUUGUCGCUUUCAGGAAUAAUUUGAUUUGUAAGUCACUACAAGCUUUGCGGCAGACGAGGACAUUAAGGUAGGCCAGCUAGUUGUUUUCCUGUUCCUCCAUCGUAAGUUAAAUGUCCGCGGAGACAGUUUUCAGGUGUUUUUUAAAUCCCGUUCGAUGAUGACGAAGAUAUCUUCAACAUGCCAAGCUUAGAAGUUCAGUCUGUGCUAUCGGAAAACCAUCGAAUCCAACCGCUUUUAGACCGCCUCGGCUGAGUCCCAAAAUCGGCUAACGCGCUGGCAAGCCUUUUUUGCUCCUUGAUUGCUCCUUCAAACGUAAAGUACGUCUUGGGACAGAACUUUAUGGGUUGGAAGAUUUGGGCGUGUCCAAGAUGAUUCUACGUAUCAUCGUAUUUGUCUCGUAGGAAUAGUUCGAUGGUCUCGACUGCCAGGUCCGUCGGAAUAGAAAUAAAAGAGGACGGGAUAUCAAACAAUACCAUGAAGUCGUUUAAUAAAAGACUUACACCAUUAAGUUUCUUUAUGAAUUGCGUUGACGAACUGACUGGAGUUUCUGAAUUUGCGGUCAGAAAUUUGAGACGCCGAAAGGGCCAUUUUGCCAGACCGUAGAUUGGAGUAUCUUUAAGUGAGGCGAUGGGCCGGAGGGGGACGCCCUCUUUUUGCACAUUAGAAAGGCUAUUGGAGCGGACCAAGACCGUGUCCUGGUCUUUCACCAUGCAUCGGUCAACCGGCGACAUUGAACCCGAGUUUUCCAAUGCCAACAGUGUUGCAUUGAUUUCUCGUGUUAAUGUUUUUACGGGGUUGGUUACGCAAGACGAAUGGCGCUGGCGGUCCUACAGUCUUCCUCUUGAGAUUCUGAAGGUGGCUCGUCCUGUGUAAAACAACCGUUUAUAGCAAAUUGUCCGCAGGCACAAUGGCGAUGUCUUUGUCGGUCUUAAAUCCUCUUAAUGUAGUACGCUCGACCUUCGACAGCACUUCGCGCGGUCUGUGAACCAAAAGCAAAGACAAAACUUAGUGUCGGAAAAGGUUUAUGGUGUCGUCGGUUGCUUCCGUAUGACUGAGGAUUAAUUCCACCACUGUACUCUCGUUAAUAGAUUUGGCGUCAGGUGUCCUGAAUGGAGCCUCAUGCUGUAACACCUGCAUUUGAUCCCUCGUCAUCUCCUUUGACGAGUUGUUGUGCAUCGGUUUGUCGUUUUCAGACGACGCUCGAUUAGGCAGCUUUCUAAAUUUGCUUUCCAAUGCUGUGUCACAUAUCCCCUUCUGUUGGCGGAUACGUUCAGACACCCUCUGCAGGAGCAGAUUUAUACAUAAAUCGCACACAAAGUCGUGGUACUUGGUCUUAUCUUAAUCGAUACUCUGACGGUACUUACGAAUCCUAGCGUGGUAGUCUUGGAAAAGUAUUCGGAUCAUACUUCUACCAUGUUGAAAUACUGUUCGUCUCACCAAAUCCGUGUUUAUUGGUGCCUGUAUGAGACACACUUCGGUAAAACGUCGGUGUCGGGGCACCGAUGCAGAAACCGAAUCUGCACACACGUAGUAGCCUCUCGGAGAGCGAAGGUUUCCCAUCGUCGGGCUAAUCGGGCAAUCCCCUAUUCUUAUCUAACUCCAUCUCUGAUGACAGAUGCCGAGCCGUAAAAAACCCUCAAUCGCUUUACAGCUACUUGCGAAUGAGCACACGUAGGAUAAACUCGAUCCCUAUCAUUAGGAAUUAUAGGGAUCUCGAAAUAUCGGACAGUGCAAACAGAGCCAAAACUUUUAUCAGUUACUUCGGUCUGCUCCAAUAAGAAAAUCGAAUCGUAUUCCAUUUAGUUGCCAGAACAUGGAAACAUAAAUUAUUCAAAAUAUUCAUUCUGAAAAGAUCGGCUUUUAAAGGACUAGAUUUUGAAGGAUUGCAAAUCUUCUGGUCCGGACGAGAUUUCAGCAAAACAGCUCUCCGAACCUUGCUGAAAAUCGGUUAACCUAUUUUCCGUAUUGCACCGGAAAUCGUUCGAAAAUUGAUUUUUCACGCGUUGAACAACACUGCACAUUGCAUUAGUUCAAAAAUAAUAAUCGUGCAAUUUUGAUCGGCUUAAGGUCCGUCAGCAUGACAGCAGUUUAUUAAGAAGCCGUGGAGAAGGCCAUGAAUGCCGUUGAUGAGUUUCUUGGAAAACCAUAGCCUCUUGUCCAAUGCACAAUACGGUUUUCGUAAGGGAAGAUCGUGCAUACCGAACUUGUUUUUCACGAAACAAGGUUGGACAUGAACAAUAAAUGAAAGACACACUGUGCAUGCCGCCCUACUGAGUUUAAGAAGACCCUUAAUAUUGUCCAGCUCCAGAGCCUCCAGGACGAGUAGGGAGCAUCCAUGCAGAGGCAAACUUCCAAAAUGGAUCGAAAAUACCCUGCUCGGUCGUUCACAAGUUAUCUGUAUAUGGCAACAGCAGUCGAAGCGCACACUCAUAGAGAGCGGAGUGCAGCAAGUUGAAGGGCUGGGACCGGCACUUUCUUCUCCUUUAUGAAUGAUUUUGUGUGAGAAUUAGAUCGCCACUUUGCAAUGUUUGCGGACGAUAUAAAAUCUGGAGUCAUCCCCGGUGCUGCCGACGAAGUAGAUUUUCAGGAAGUGAUUUGUGGACCGGACGAGUGGUCUGGCAGACGACUCCGGUCGUUUAAGUGAAAGAAGUGUGCGGUUAAAGUUUGAUUUCCAUCUGCAUAGGUAAAAAAGGGUGUCAUACUGCGUCUUGUAAGUCGCAAACAAGAAUCUGAUGCGCGUAAUGACCACCUCAACGGAAUUCCACUCAAAAAUGCAGAACUGCAACGUUUGGAAGACGAACACUACAAAACCUUCUACGCACUUGUAUAAAGCGGUUUACGCCACAACUGUAAAGUCGCACGCCAUCAAGUGCACAUUCACAGUUUUUGGUGAAGACUGUCUCUCCAAUGUCAUUGGCACGUGCGUAAGUCCACAUCCUGAAUAUGCGAUCCAAGCCUGAAGACUCCGAGACUGGAUCCUACAUAACAUAUUUCGAAAAGGGCUGAGACGAGCUACAAAAUCAGUGAGAAUUUAAGGAGGUCUGCCAUACGAGACUCGUCUAGAUAGCCUAAAUCCCUGUCUUCUAAGUUAAAGGUAACUGAGCGGGGACUUGAUGCAGACUUUCUGUAUCGAGUGUGGUUUGGUCUCUGUCCUCUAGAGUAGGAACAUCUUUCAUUCGCGUCCACAAGUAGCCUUCAGGGAUAUUUCUUCAAAAUACUUGUGCGCAAAGGAAGGUUAGACGUGAGAAAGUAUUUUUCCACAAACCAUAUAGUGGAAACAUUGAUAACGUGCCCAAGACGAUUGUAACAUCUCACUAUGUUGAGACAUUCAGAAAUGGCCUAUGAUGCCAUAUAUUGUAGCAACAAGUGGAGUAUGUGACUAAAGAUCCCUAAGAAAACUUUGUAAAGCCAAGUUUGCUUGCACUUGGCACCGUGAUUUCUUUACAAAUUGCAAACUCUUCCGAGUUGUACGAAACAAAUAGGGAAUUCAAGGGCGUAAAUUUAUUUCAUUUAAAAAAUUGAGCCGAACAACAUUUCCUCAGCGUUUGUUCAUGAGAUUUGGUAAAUGAAUUCCAGUCGCUGAACUUAAUUGCGGAAAUCUACUAUGUCGACUGACGGAAACGCAAAAAACUGUAAUCGGUUACUUUCUUAUAGGAUUCUACGUUCUUUUUUACGCAUAUGAUGAUCCUUCCCCCAUUUUCUGAGGCGCAAUUGUUAAUUGUUAUAAUAGGGUAUUUAAUACAUGCACUCAAAAUUAUUGCUUAAUCUAAUCGGGUUUAAACGACUUAUAAGAGGUUUUGGCCGAAUCGACUACCAGGAAGGCAUCUCAGACAUGAUCAUGUCUGAUCAUGAUCAGGAUUAUAACGCGAGUAAAUAGACGUUAAUGGAUCGGUAUUACGGUCAGACAGUCUAAUAUGGCCGUGGGUGGGGGCAAAAAACGAUAAGUAUAAGGCGUCCCCCUGCGCAUUUUUUUGUCGAUGAGGGGGCCAGAGGGGGCCACAUCGGGGAUUUGCCCCGCCAUAGCCCCCUCUCCAGCCUUCUCAUAGCCCCCUCUGGCCCCGCCAUAGCCCCCUCAUGAGGCGGGGCCAUGAGGGGGCCAGAGGGGGCUGGUGCUGGCAGGGGAAUAACGGCAUGUCGACCAUAUAAAGUUAACAUAAAAUAUCCCACAAAUACCACUUGCGCCGUUUGGCGAAGGGGCAUUUGACCGGUAAAUAACUCAUUUAAUGGGUUGUUCAUCGGUCAGAUAACAAAAGAAGUCAAACUAACGUAUCAUCAGAUAAGUCGAGCGUGUUUGAACAAAAUACCCAAAGUUUUGGGAAUGUUUAAAAGAUUUUAUGAACACACGAUUUUCUCCGAAAAGUUUCGCGCUCAUAUUCUUUUCGACACAAGCACUUCACCUUCACUAAUCAUAGUUUUUCAGACUAGAGGGAAUAUCCGGUGGUUGCUGCUGUGACAUAUUGCCAAUUACUUUGUCAUUAAAAAAGCGUUCAUUUGUCACAGACAUGAUCACCCCAUGAAAGCAAGUAACAGUUUCAACUUCUUAUCAUAACACAGAAAAAUCUUAGACAAUCUAUGCGUUCCGCCCAUCGCAUUAUCAACUCCAUAGCUUUUUUGUUUUAUUGUUCCCCGGUAGGUGUAGGUGGUGGUGCUCUCGCUACGCAUUUGCUUUGGUGGUACUUCGCGGCGGCUUAAGGAGGGCCACUCCGCUCAGGCAUGGUCCGAAAGUUGAAGUACCACGAGAAAAAGCUUUUAAAAAAGGUUGACUUUAUAAAAUGGUCGGCUGACAACAAUUUGCAUGAGCUUAAAAUACUGAAAAAGUUUUAUAUUCAAAAACGAGAAGAUUACACUCUCUACAAUAAACUUUCGAAGAAGAUCAGGGAUAUAGCGGAGAAGCUCAAAAAUAUUGGGGAAGACGAUCCCUGGAGAGCUGAAAUUACGAACAUGCUGCUAACUAAACUGUAAUUUUGGAGUAACUUAUAUCCUUUAAGACACAACAUUGGUUUGCUGCCAACCAAGGCUUCACUCGCUCUCGCUUCUAAAGUCAGUGCCUCUUCCUUCUGCCGUCGGCGGCUUCCAGUUGUUAUGGUCCGGUCGCAUCUAGCAGAGACCAUAAAGGCUGCGGUGACUUUCAUUGAGCAGGGGCAUGUGCGCGUUGGGCCAGAUACAAUUCGCGACCCCGCCUUUUUGGUCACAAGGUAUUCCCAUCCUUUUCUAACCGUAGUAUUGCUUUAAUGUGCUCUGGAUGCUGACUAUUUGUCAUGCGUACAUGCAGGCUUACAAAGACUUUGUGGAUGUACCGUGUAUUCAGGCCCGAAUAUUUAGUCCUGGUUUUCUCUCGGUCAUCGUGCUUUUUUGUCGCAACAGAAGCCCGAGACGGACGUUAUUACAUGACCCAGGGCAUCUAACAUAGUUUGUGGCAGUAAUCUCAUGGUGUUCUUUAAGUCCGAAUUCAGUUAUGCUGAUGUGUGCGGAAAUGUCCGCUUUGGCAUUAUGCGAGUAAUGGGUUAUAUCACCAACCAUUUAAAGAUCGCCUGCAAAUUCAUACAUUUUGACUUUUGCCAUGCCCAUGACUUGCAUAACUGCUGUUUAGGCUUCACAUAGCACUUCUAUCAAAUACCGCUGACGAGAGUUUGGAACUUCACUUACCACUUUUAAGCUAUAUUUUGGAGCAAACACAGUUUAUCGUUACUGUUUCCUCCUGCAAACCGAGUACUGCCGUUUGCUCUUUGACUCACCUACUGAUUUUCGUUUUUCAAGGCCAAUGGAGGACUAUGUGACGUGGACUCCCGGUUCGCGUAUUAAAAAGAAGCUACAGGCGUUUAACAACGCGCUCGAUGACUUCGAGGAUGAGUAA